GCUCGGCGGGGCCGGGAGCUGCGUGUUGUGCCCGAACACCCCCCGCCCUCCAUUUCCCCUCUUCCUUUCCUUCUGCCUGGGGAGCGCCUCUGGAGGAGGGAGGCUGAGCCUUCCAGAGCCUCUCCCGAGAAAGUGGCCGAGUUGUCUUUGCCUAAUAGCUUUUAAUGUAUUGGAGAGUUUUUCCUAUCACAGAACUUUAGUUUUAAUGACCAUCUGCUUCUAGCUAUUAAUUUACCUUUUUUUUUUUUUUUUUUCCUCUGUUUAGAAUUAUUUAUUUGGAUUAUCAUAUACAUAUAUAAUUAAAUAUAUUUAAUUAUAAAACAUGACCUAGCAAAAGUCCUAGCCUAGGAAGUUUCUACCUGUACUUCCUAUUUACUUCAUAUUUACUUUGCGAAUUUCGACACAAUACAAAGUCAAUUUGGAUUUUUAUUUCUUUAUGUGUGAAAUAAUCACUGCUUUGAGAGUACAUGUGGUGUACUGGGAUUCCUAGGUCCAGGAUGGACACUAGUGUGAGUGUAGCAUUUACCUGUGUCACAAGGGAAAGUAGAGCAAUUGGGUUGUUGUGGACUUGAAUGUUCAAGGAUGUACUUGCUUGUCUUGAUAGCAGUGUGGCCAUGAUCUUAAAUUUUGUCAGUGAUUUCAGUGAAAGUUAUGCAGACAGAUCUCAGUAUACUUUUAAAGGAAGUGUAAGUAGAGUGAGAGAGAAACUGAUACAGAAAUUCUUAUGAAAACCACUGUAGUAGAACAGUGUAUAUAAUAAAGUAGUUACACUCUGUAGCUCAGUGAAAUUGUUUCCUCUGAGGUAGCAGCAUGACUGAAAAACUCCUGACAUAUAAAUAAUGCACUCUCUCAAAGCAUCUUUUUUUCAUUACAUGCAUCUCUGUUUUCCACGAGCAGCAAGACUGAACUCGGAAUCCAGCGUUUCUUCUGGCUCUUCCUGCUGUUUGGAUGCUGUGAACGUCACAGAGCAGGACAAAGCAAUGAAUGGUUUACCAGAGUUAGUUGAUAAAUAUUGGUGGAUAAAAAGCUUCUUCCAUAGCGAACCUUCUCCACCAACUGUUGGAAGAAAAACACUCUCAGCAAGCAGUACCAACAGUUGAAAAGGACAGCGUGAUGGCUUUUCUGACUGAGAUGCUACAUACAGACUUGUUUUUCCAAGAGGCUUGGGGUCUUCCUAAUGUCUGGGUUCAGCUGCAAGAAGAAAACAAAACCUUUAGGAGAGUGGAAAAGCGUAUUUUCAAAAUAUUUGUCAGUAGCUAAAAUGAUAUUGCUUAAUGGACAUAUCCAUGGCCUACCGUGUUCUUUCCAGAUUUGCAAUAAUUUGUGAUGUUUCUCUAAUGGAAGUUUCAAGGACUAAACAUCCUGAUGACUUACUUGAAUAAUUAGAGAAAAGUGACAGUAAAAAUAAGACGUCAUAGGUUUAGGAGGAAGAUGCGUGAUUCAGUUAAGUUGCCUUCAAGAUACCAGCUCUUUAGGCAGUCACACUGAUGUAAACAGGAUUCAGACCUAUAAUCCAGAGCAGGACUGCUGUGUGGCACUUGUAUCCAGUAUUUAUGUACCAGUUACAGGGGUAAGUUUACAAGAAUGCUUGUCAAUAACUUUUUUUAAAAUUUUUUUAAAAACUCCAAUUAUAUGAACAAGCAAUAAUCAGUUUGGUUUCUUUGAUCAAGCAGAGUGCAUAGAUCCCAACUUCUACAAGUACCCAUGUACCACUUUCAUUCCUACCUAUGGAUGCUGGUAUUUGAGGACAGAAUAGAGGAGAUGCACAAGAAACCAGUAAUCCUAAUAGAAACUGACCUCUUCCAAGGGGAAGAGCAGCCUUAAUCAGUUGAUACUUCUAGUUAGAUUUUUUCUGCCUGUUUUGUUGUGGCUUAAAGAUCUACUUGUUCCUAAGUGACUAAUUCUAUAAAUAUUCUGCUGUCUAUCUUACUAGUUAUGAGGGCUAGAUCUGGCAAAGGAUUCCACUCAAAGUAAUCACAUUCUUGUUGUUAUCCAAGUGUACCUUUGACAUGCUCUUGAAAGGUACUAUAACAUUGCAGUGCUGAAGAUUAAAUGAAGCUAAUUAGUAUAACGAUUGUUUAUUCUACUGGCCAUGACUGAAAUGCAUCAAGGAUUAUGGAAAAUAGCAAGUAUUUGGCUGGAUGAUAACAUUUGUGACAAGUAUCUAUGCAACUUUUUGAUGAACUAUCACUAAACCUGCUGGAUAUUUGUUCAUCACUGGAUGAACUAACAGUAGCAAACAUUUACGUAGCCAGCAUCUUUUUAUUAUAGGUUAAUGGUUGUCAUGGUUAUGCAUAACUCCAAGGUGUAUGAAGUGGCUGCUUCAGGGCGUUUACAGUCUUGAUGGAGGCAAUAAAUGCAUGGCAGAUGACAACAGAAAAGAGCACAAUUCUGAAAACAUGAUUUCAAGGGUCUUUAAAUUGACUUGUGUCUUACUUUACUGCUAUUGUAUAGUUUCAUCUUUGUUCUCUGAGUGUACAGAAUGACCUUUUUUAUACUUAGAUUUUUUUCUUAAUAAAGAUUUAAUCAAAAUUAA